CCGAUAUAAAUAAUCAUUGGUUGACGAUUCUCAAUCCUCCUUCCGAAAAUUGUUAUUAGUAUCUCGCGUUGUUCUCAGGCAGCUCCACAUUUCUCUCUCUCGCGCCAGCAGGAACACACUUUCUCUCUCUAGCGCCUCCGCCAAAUCUAUCGUUCCAAGAGAUCAAAAGCAAGAAAGAGAAAUGGGGUUGACAUUCACAAAGCUUUUUAGCCGGCUUUUUGCCAAGAAGGAGAUGCGCAUAUUGAUGGUUGGUCUUGAUGCUGCUGGUAAGACCACCAUCCUGUACAAGCUCAAGCUCGGAGAGAUUGUUACUACUAUUCCUACCAUUGGCUUCAAUGUGGAGACUGUCGAAUACAAGAACAUCAGCUUCACCGUUUGGGAUGUCGGGGGUCAGGACAAGAUCCGCCCAUUGUGGAGGCACUACUUCCAGAACACUCAGGGUCUCAUAUUCGUGGUAGAUAGCAACGAUAGGGACCGUGUUGUGGAGGCAAGGGAUGAAUUGCAUAGGAUGUUGAACGAGGAUGAGCUGAGAGAUGCUGUAUUACUUGUAUUUGCUAACAAACAAGAUCUUCCUAAUGCAAUGAACGCUGCUGAAAUCACUGACAAGCUUGGCCUACACUCGCUCAGGCAGCGCCACUGGUAUAUGUUCUUAACCUGUGAGAUCAGUACUUCACUCGCCGUUUAUAUGAUUUUUACUUGUCUUUCUUUUCUUCCAGGUACAUCCAGAGCACUUGUGCCACCUCCGGUGAGGGGCUCUACGAGGGACUCGACUGGCUCUCCAACAACAUUGCUAACAAGGCAAGUAGUUGGGAUACAUACAUCACAUAACUUUACUUUGAAGAGUGCUUUAAAAUUGAGCCUCGUUAUAUCAGUUGUUUCGUCAGAUUCUGAUUCUGCUAAACUUAUUAUCACAGGCUUAGAGCUUUUCUGGAGUUGUUUACGCGAGAGCUAAUACUGGACACUGUCGAGGUUUUAUCUAGUUUUUUCUUAACCAUAUAUUGCUUUGAAACAAUGUUGUUUUUUCAUUUAUGUUUAGGACCUUCGAAAUGUCGCUAUAUCAGACAAUGGUUUGUUUUAUAUGUCUUCCUACGUUUGCUUAGUUUUGAAUGUAAUAUUCAGACUCACAGACUAGGGUUUUGGAUUAUUAUUUGUUUGCCAA